CGAUUUUUUAAAUUAACUGGUUUUCUCACAGUCGUGACGUUGAACUUUCAAAGCUUUUCUUCAUACCAAGAAAAUUAUUGCAGUAUCUCUGUGUUUAGUGAUAAUGAAAAAGUGUAAAUACUAUGCUAUAAAUAGAUGUGUCCAUUUAAGUACAUUGUAGCCGGUCGCACGAGAUACAAUGGUAGAUGACGCGAGCGAAGUUAUCUGAUUCAUCGAUUUUCGUACGCUUAGAGAUCAGAUAUCUUUUUCGGCGGGAUUAAAUGAAAAAGGAGGAUGCAUUUGAAAAGUGCGAUUAAAGUUCAAAUUUACUCUGACGUUUUGUUUUCGAAUCCAUCGUAAUUUAAUUGAUCUUUCUUUUCUUCAGUUUUCACAGGAUAGGAAAGUCGGUGCACCAAAGUUAAUCGUUAUACCAAUCAAACAAAUAUGAAUAACAUAAGAGCAAGUCUGUCGCAUAAAAUCCAAUCAGCUGGCAGGCUCCAGGAAAUCACAUUGAAAUUCAGUAGAUUAGAAAGCGACGAGCUGCGAGUAUUGACGGUCCUGAGAAUCAUGGAGCUGUUCGAUACAAUACCACCGUCUACAUGUAAAACGAAGGAUACAAAAGAUUCCAUUGAUUUGAGAAACAAAGCGAACAAACUAUUCGUAUGCAACAGCGAACCGAUAAAAACGUGGGAACUGUAUUCGAAAAGUAUCGCCACUGCAUUGAACGAUUCGCAGGAAUUGUCGUUAGCCUACGCCAACAGGUCGGCAGUGUUGAUAAAACUGCUCAAAUACGACGAGUGUCUGCAGGAUAUCGAGAGAGCCUUGAGAUUAGAUUAUCCAGACCGCUUGAGAGGAAAAUUGCUGUGCAGGAAAAUCGAGUGCCUGAAGAUGUCGAACAAAACGGAUUUGUUGAGCGAUACACUGGACGCACUUGAAAACUGGCUGGAGCGCACAUCUCUGAGCAGCAAUGAUAAGCAGACGUUCGAGCGGAAAUUGAAAGAUUGGAAUAAUGAAAAGAGCACCGAGCGCAGGCUUGCGAGAGCCGAGGACGUCCCGCUAACGAUCAUACCGAACGAACAAAUCCCAUGCGCCUCGGAGGCGUUGAAGGUGAGGUGUAACGACGAAUUCGGCCGACACGUCGUGGCGACGCGAGACAUAGAGCCCGGCGAGAUUCUCAUCGUGGAAAAGCCGUACUCGAAGAUUCUCUCACUCAACGAAGCUUACACCCAUUGCUCGAAUUGCCUGCAAGUCCAUUGGGCGAUGAUUCCAUGCGAGUUUUGUAUCUACGCAAUGUAUUGCUCGGAGGAUUGCAAGAGAGAGGCUUGGUCGAGGCACCACGAUAUCGAAUGCCCGGUCACCGGUUACCUCGUCGAUUUGGGCUCCGGUGAGCGAGAGUUGUUCAGCAUGAGAUUGACAAUCGCCGCGUGGAGAGAUGCCGGCUGCGUCGACAACUUGAGAGAGAGCUUGAAAGCUAAGAGCAAUUUUUCCGUCGGCACAUUGUAUCUCAGCGAUAGCUACGCCAAUAUUUACAAUCUCGUAACGUGCGUCGAGAAGCGCAACGUAGCUGACUUAUUCGACAGAUCCCUAAUGGCAGCUUUCAUUCUUUACUACUUGUGCACACUGACAGAUCUGUUCGGGAAGAAGCUCAAUGCCGACAUCAAAGACAUCUACAUGAACGACGGGGCUACGUUCAUCGGUGGACUUAUUUUACGUCACAUGCAGAUCAUUCCAUGCAACAUACACAGCGCAAUACGAGGAAGAGCGUCACAUUGAAAUAGUCGACAUUGGUUCUGUAGCCUUGCCUUUCUGCAGCCUCAUAAAUCACAGCUGCGAUCCGAAUGUAUCCAGAUGCAUGACACCGAAUAGCAUGAUUGUUUUCGCCCUUGUGCCGAUAAAACAAGGC